AUGGCGGCCACAACUUCUCCCAGUAACCCGGAGAAGGGCGACUACCUGUCUGAGAAGGCCGACUACAUCUCAGGCAAGGCCGACUCCAUAUCAGAAAAGGCCAACUCAACUUCGGACAAGGGCGGCGACAAUUUGGAAACAGACCGCGAUACCCCGACAAUAUGGAACCAAGUCAAAGCUGCUGACCGCUUCUGGGCACACAAGUCUGCGGUCCGCACACUACAGAGUCUCGUCGCCCUCAUCGGCUUCGUUUGCGUAGCGUGGAUCCUUGUAAACACGGGCCGGAAGUACACCAGCUAUUAUGUUUACAGUCUACUUCCCCAUUUUGAUGACUUUCGGGUCGGCACUGUCGCGGUACCCAUCUUCGUCUUGUCGCUCACAUGGGGUCUCUUCGACCUGGGAUUCCGCUUCUGGCGCAAGCAGGGACGGCCGACCCAUCCAGCCAUUGUCGCCAUCGCCGAUUUGCUCUUCUGGAUUACCAUGAUCGUUGCCAUAGUGUAUGCGGUCGUUGGGGUAGCUCGCAUGCAAGCCUUUGGCUACGAAGCCGACGGCGAGGUCCUCUCCGACCCCUUCUACCACGUGUCUCGCGCGGGCGUCAGUUCCUGGGGCCAGUAUCAUCGAAACGUCAACACGGACACGUGGUCGUACGCUGUUAAAAAGGUCUACGUCAACCAGGAUCGCCUGGAAUACAACUCCACAACUGGUUCGUGGUUCACCCGGCCGUACGAGGGCCCGAUGUUCCUCGACGCAGAGUAUAAUGUCACCCUGGGCUCGUGGGUCCUGCAGAACGGUACGGUCCUUGCAGAAGUGCGUGCGUGCAAAGACGAAGGCGCCGUGCUCACUUGCGAGGAGCAGGAGAGGCUCGUCAACGAUCUCUGGCGCAACAAGCCUACGCACGUCGCAGUCGGAAAAGUGAUUGCCGUGAUGGCUUCCUUGGCAUUGAUCCUUCACUUUGCACUUUUUGUGAGGGCUUUCGUUGAAGCGCUUCGUCGGAGGCGGGAGGACAAAAUAGAGAAAUUGAGGGCAGAUGCAAAAUUCGAACUGGAAGGCAAGGAUUACGAGGAGCGACCGGACUGGAUGCUGCAUGAGGAGGGUCACAGGUAG